UUGACAAAUCCCCGAAUCCCAAUUCUCCAACUUCGGCCUUCUUCAAUCGACAACAUCUAUCUAUCUAUCCAAUCUCAUUUUGGUAGAGGAGGUUCCAUUUUAAACCACAGUUACUCAAUACCUGAAUCUUGUUCGUCAGUCCUAUUCUUCUAUUCUUCUUAAAAACCUUGUCCUCAAAAACCAAAAAUCCAUACACACAUAUCAUCCUUUUUCUGCCCCAUCAUUAUCGUUGCGAUAAACCCAUAACAAUUGCUUUUCUUCUUCUUGAGCGAUUAAUUCCGAAUCUUCAAUCUUGGAAUCAAGUUAAUCCAUCCAUUCAUCAACCAUAUCAUACAUAUCAUAUCAAGAUCGGAUAUCCCCAUCAACAACAACAAGUUGUCGUCGUUUUUUUAUCUGCCAUCUAUAGGCGCUGAACUUUUUUACUCUUCUUUUCUCUCUUCUGCCUCUUCUGCAUCCUUUCUCCAGUUGAUAUCGCAUUUAUACCCCCUGUUCAUCAAACAUAACCUUCUUCAUUCUAUUACAAUUUUGAACAAUCCUCUAACGGGCAAUCAUGUUAUCAAACAGCAGUAGCUUCGUUGUCAUCACCUCCUCUCGACAAUCCAUAGGUGUCACUUGACAAUCGCAAUCGACGAAACCCGAAUACCUACAUCGAUCUCGUCUAGAGUAUCUUGAGUAACGAACUAUCCUACCAGAGCGUCAGAUCAGCCGAAUAUCUGAAUUUCGAAAGAGAGGCAAAGGUGGAGUAAUUUUGGGCGAUUACGAUCACACCAUGGACGGCUACGGAAAUUACAGCAGAGAGCCACCGCUCGCGCGAUCACCAACUGAAAGAACGAGUUGGGCUGGACGUGAUGAUAGCUUUAGAGGUGUUAAAAAUGAACGCGACGAUGGUUUCAGAGGUGUGAAACCCGAACGCGACCGCGAAUCAUUUUACCGUGGCAGAUCUCCUGGUAUGUCGCAUUUUAUGAGCUCAAUCAUUUCACCCUUUCUGCUUUAGUUUCGAACAGCUGCCCUUCACUGGACGCGAAGCAUGCAGUCAUGGUUUUCGGAAAUGUCCCCCCCACACUCAAACACAACUUUUUUCCACCUACUUAAUCAUUACAAUGCAUCUGCUACAUAAUAAUACUUCCUUGCGUUGGUAUCUAUUUUUUAUUACUCUUAUGCUUACAUGAUUUUUACUUUAGUUGGUGAUAGGCAAAGACGAAACCCGCGCGACCGCGACCGCUCUAGAUCUCCGGUAGACCGUUAUGAACCUAAUGGUAGAGCAAGAGAUAGAGAUGAUUACAGAUCAUCGAGGGAUCGCGAGGAUCGAAGACGAAUUGCUUCUCCUGCACCAGCCAAUAUCGAUCGAUAUGUACCUGGUCAAGAUUCCGGUCCGCCUCCUCCAAUUACUGUCAAUCCACUUGCGGAUCCAGUUAUCCUGCCUUUUCAGGUCGGAUUCUCGUACUAUGGGGAAUGGUGGCGCACAAAUGAGAAGAUCAAGGAGGACAAGGAACGUGUUAGAUCCGGGAAGCGUGGUGAAAUCUUCAGACCUCGUGAAGAAGACCGUGAUGCCGAAAAGGCUCGCAUACAAGUUGCAUAUGAUGCAUAUAAAGAAGAACUUCAAGCCAGGAUGGCACGUACAUUUGUGCAGGAGCACAAAGGAGAACAGUGGUUUAUGGAGAGAUACGUACCCGAGAUGCGAGAUGCUUUGCGUUUACAAGUUAACGAGUUCCGCCGCGGAAAUUAUAGCCAAUGGGAGCAAGAUCUUGAAUCCGGAACUUUUGAUGAAUACUCUCUGGAGGGUAUUCCUAAAAGCGAAAGCAACGGUACUGGUGGUGUUAUCGAAAAGGAAGAGGGCGAGACAACCGCUGCCAAUGAAGUUUUGGGAGUUGGUGACCUAGUUCCUUCUAGAGGUGGGGACAUUCGAGAUGAGAAUGCUUUCCAGCCCACGUUGCUUAUCAAGACAAUUGCGCCACAUGUGAGCCGUUCUAAUCUCGAAUCUUUUUGCAAGGAGCAUUUGGGAGAGGAUGAGGGUGGUUUCAAGUGGCUGAGUUUGAGUGAUCCAAAUCCAAGCAAACGAUACCAUAGAAUUGGUUGGGUCAUGCUUCACCCUGCCCCUGAUUCAGCUCCCAUCCUUGAUCGACCAGAAAUGAAGGAUGAAGAAGAGGGUGAUAUCUCUGCCGAACCAGCAGCUCCACUUACUACUGCUCAGAAGGCACUUGAGGCUAUCAAUGGAAAGACCGUCAAGGAUGAAGUUAGAGGAGAUUUUACCUGCCAUGUCGGUGUUCAUGUGCCGCCUAACUCACCACGCAAGAAGGCACUUUGGGAUUUGUUUUCAGCUCCUGAACGUAUUGAGAAAGAUCUUGAUUUGGCCACCCGCCUCGUUAGCAAAUUCGAAGAAGAUUUUGGUUCCGACUUCAAUGCUGUCCUAAAGAUUGAAGAAAAAGUCGAUGACUUGAAGAACCAAGGCCGUCUUCAACCCCCGGUCACAGCUCCUACGCCCAAGAAAGGCAAGAAGUCUAAGAAUGGGCUUGGCUUUGAUGAAGGAAUGGACGAAGUUGAGGAGUUCGAGGAGAUGGAGGAAGGAGAGGAAGAAGAAGAAGGUGCUUUUGAUUUCGAUGACAUUGAUGAUGAGGAACUUCUUGUCAAGAAGAAGCAGCUUGAUCUCAUGGUUGAGUAUCUAAGACGUGUCUUCAACUUUUGCUUCUUCUGUGUUUUUGAGAGUGACUCGAUUCACGAGCUCACUCGAAAAUGCCCUGGAGGACAUCUUAGAAGACCACGUAACACUCUUACCACAUCAGCCAAAGCAGCUGCUCGCGCCAGUGCAUUGGGUGAAGCGUUCCCUGGAAAGGCAAAGUCCGACGACAAGAUGGAUAUGGAUCCCUCCUCUCCAGAUGGUGAGCGCAAAGGCAAUCCGCGUAACAAUGUUUCCAAGGCAGAACAGCAGCUUCAACGAGCUUUCAAUUGGGUCAGAACGUUUGAGGACAAGAUUAUGCAACUCCUAGAUCCGGAUAACGUUGAUGUGCGAAAACUGGGUGGAAAGCCAACUGAUGAGGCUUUGAGGGAUGAGUUGGUCAAAUAUGUGAAGCAAGAAGAUGAUCACAAAUUUAGAUGCAGAGUUCCAGAGUGCACCAAAUUGUUUAAGGAAGAGCACUUCUGGAAGAAGCAUGUUGAAAAGAGACAUCCGGAAUGGCUGGAAAGUUUGAAGACUGACGUAAGUUUUUUGGUCCAUUCCCACGACGCAAACUAAUGGCAUAUAGUUUGAUCUUGUCAAUACCUACGUUCUCGAUCCUGCGCAUAUUGCUCCAUCAAGAUCGGAUGCCAAUAGCAACGGUCACUUCCCUCCAGCUAAUGGUCACAUGCCAGCCGGCACUCCGCGUGGUUUCAAUCUUCAAAACUUUGGAAUGAAUGGACUCAAUGCUAUGUCAGGCUUUCCUCCAUCUAAUGGCUUCCCACCUUUCCUUGCCGGUCAUGCUGUGCAGUCACCUAUGGGUUGGGUUAGCGGCCCUGAUAGUCGUGGUCCCGGCCCCAUCAGAAGAGGUGCUGGUCGAUAUCAAACAAAUAGCCGACCAGGUCCCUACGAUCGCCGACCCAAUCAGAACCGCGGGGAUCCAAAUGCCGGUAGACUAAGCCCUCCCAGUGGUGAACGUGGCGGCCGUGGACUGCCGCACCGCUUUACGCCAGCUAGUGGUGGUAGCCGAUGGGGCGAUGGAGCAGCUCCUGGUAGUACAACUGUUGGGCCUCGUGAAGCAACAGCAGGCAGAAGCUUAAAAUCUUAUGAAGAUCUUGAUGCCGUUGCUGGAGCUGGGUCCGGCGAACUCAAUUACUAAGUUCAAGUGAAAGGUUUAGCGUGGUUCAAGGUCAAUUGAUAUCCGAUGCUUAUAGUGAAAGAAUGGACCGAGGAAAUUUGAGUGAAGAUUAUGGAAAAAUAGGUGGUGGAAAGAAGCAGUCUGGGUUUGAUUUCAAAAUUCUCUUCUUGGCGUUAAAGCACAAUUUGUGCAGGGCAUGUUCGCUUUACACUUCUAAAGCUUUCAUUUCUCCGUGAGCAUCGUUUUUGCUUGUUGCCUUCAGCGAUGUACACUAAAUCAUGGUUAUGGACUCUUCGUAUGCUUGUAUCUUCAAAACUAAUGAGAAAAAUUGCAACAAUGUGAACCUUCAUCUAAUGUUCUUUUCAUAU